UGCUUGUAUAUUUUAAUCAGUCCUUAUCUAUCCAUGCCAAUUCAAUGAUGACCCAUUUCAAGUUUGAACAAACACGACAUUAUUACCAGUCAGCAUCUUGUCAGCAUUCAAUGCACUGAUAAAUCUCAAAAACACAACACAUUUCUUCAUUUCUUGUUUCACUUCCAAACGUCUCUUCUUCUUUUCAAACUCCCCUGUUUUCAUCUUCACAAUUAAACAGACACAGAACAUAAAAUAAAAUAAAACAAAACGAAAGAUCCAUUUUUGUCUUCCUUGAUCGUUGCAAAUAUGCUGAGCCGUUGGAUUUGCCAGAGAAGAGCUUUGAUCUACGGCCAGAGAUUGUUCCGUCUCUCUGUUUCUGAUACUUUCACUUCCGGGUGCUCCUCCUCUUUCCGUUCCUCAUUUUCACACUCUUUUCUGUACGAUAAAGCUUAUUCUCGCAUAGAUUUCAAUUUGAAGCAUGUUAAGGGAUAUUGUUUUUCUGCUCAACCUGUUUUGGACAUUCCUGUCGGGAACUUAGUUGAAGUCCCUUUGGCACAGACUGGUGAAGGUAUUGCAGAAUGUGAACUUCUCAAAUGGUAUGUUCAAGAGGGGGAUUAUGUUGAUGAUUUUCAACCACUCUGUGAAGUUCAAAGUGAUAAAGCUACUAUAGAAAUUACAAGUCGCUACAAAGGAAAAGUUUCUAAUAUUCUGCAUGGUCCCGGUGACAUUGUAAAGGUCGGAGCAACCCUAUUAAAGAUAUUGAUUGAUGAGCCUUCAUGUCCUUCAACGACUUUUGGUGACUCAGAAAAUGCGAAGUCACCUGAUUCUGAUCAGAUAUUUGUUAAUGAGUCUGCAUUCACUACAGUAAAUUUUGACGAUUCAGAAAAUGUAAAGAACCUAGAUUCUGAUAUUGGAAAGGGGAAACAAGCAGGAGUUCUAUCAACACCUGCUGUAAGGAGUCUAGCAAAGGAGCAUGGUAUAGAUAUAAAUGAAGUCUGUGGAACUGGAAAAGAUGGAAGGGUUUUAAAAGAAGACGUGCUCAAUUUUGCUGUCAAGAAAGGGAUCAGUAAAACUCCAUCUGCUUUUUUGCAUGCUGAUUUUGGAGAACAGCUUCAGGGAACAGAAGGAUACAGCUGUGAUGCGAAAAAUAAAUAUGAUAGGCCUUCUGUGGACAUAAUACUUCCCCUAAGGGGAUUCCAAAGAGCGAUGGUAAAAUCAAUGUCUUUGGCUGCAAAAGUCCCACAUUUUCAUUAUGUAGACGAGCUAAAUUGUGAUGCCCUAGUGGAGCUUAAAACGUCUUUUCAAAAGAAUAAUCCUUAUACAGAUGUCAAGCACACUUUCCUUCCAAUAUUAAUCAAAUCACUAUCAAUGGCACUCAUCAAGUACCCCUCUGUGAACAGUUGCUUCAAAGAAGAUGCAUUUGAAGUCAUCCUCAAAGGUUCACACAACAUUGGAAUUGCCAUGGCAACACCACAUGGUCUAGUUGUGCCGAAUAUAAAAAAUGUUCAGUCUCUUUCCAUAUUGGAGAUAACCAAAGAGCUAGCAAGGUUGCAACAAUUAGCUUCAGAUAACAAGUUAAGUUCUGAGGAUAUAUGUAGUGGGACAAUCACUUUGAGUAACAUUGGAGCAAUUGGUGGAAAGUUUGGUUCCCCACUUCUUAAUCUGCCCGAAGUCGCUAUUAUUGCCAUGGGACGAAUUCAGAAAGUUCCGCGGUUUACUGAUGAUGGAAAUGUGUAUCCUGCAUCACUCAUGACUGUUAAUAUUGGUGCAGAUCACAGAGUCUUGGACGGAGCAACAGUUGCAAGAUUUUGCAACGAGUGGAAGAAAUUAAUUGAAAAUCCAGAGUUACUCGUGUUGCAUUUGAAAUGAGAUUUGAUUAUAAAGGACACUUGUUGUAAUUGUAAUUUGGAUGGUUAAUCUUUAUAUUGACCAUGAUGAUAAAAAAAUAAAUUAAUUGUUAACCUAUCGAAA